AUGGAGCUGCUUGAAGUGCAAAUCCUAUGGUCUUUUGGAGCAUUCUGGAGCAUAUGGGACGUGAGGAGCAUGGAAGGACUUGGGCAUGGACGCAGCUCAACUGGAUACGCAAAGGAAGAAGGAGGAAGCCAUCUUGAAGACCAGCUCGACCACCUACUCGACCAACCGGUCGAGUUCCUCAACUCGACCGGCCAAGCUUCAACUCGAUCGAGCUGA